AUGGCGCCCAGACCGAACUCCGACCAACUUCGCAUCGAGAUCUCGAUACCUCAUUCAAAACGCCGCCGAACGCGUGUAAUACCUUCCCUUGAAGCCUCUCCAGAUCGAAGAGGAGGGUUACCACCCGACGGGAAUAUAGCCUCGCCAGAGAAGGAAUCACCCGUCAUGCCUAUCUCCCAGACGCCGAAGAAGACAACAAUCAAAAGCAGUGCCGCCAAUGAGACACCCCAGAAGGCAGUAAAUUCUGUGCCUCACGACGAUACUCAAAUUCAUCGCUUACCCGUUUUCAUAUCUAACCUUGGCUGCAUGACACACGUGGAGGACACAAAGGUCUCCAUUUUUGGGAAGCUUCAUAAUAAGAUGUCCAAGAACGCAAAGUUCACCGAAACCCAAAUUAAGAGGGCAGAGGAGGCACUCAAGACAUCCAAUGAAUGGAAAAAAUGGCGGUCGGAUAUGGCCUCAAAGAGCUCGGGAAUAAUUUCUCGGAAUAUAUUUUUCCGCAUGCUUCGGAAAGCUCAAGAGGUCCUUCAAGCACAAUCCACGGCAAAGACACGACAGGCUCAGAACGUCUUCAUUAAUGUCGGAACAAAAGUUCCCAAGUCCGUGAUUAGUAAUGAGGAGUACGCGGAAGGCCUGAAGCUUUUCAAACCCGACCUAGCUAGUAUUGCCACCGAUAUCAACAAGAAAAAUGUGAGGUUUUGCGAUAUGAAGACAACCUGGGAACUCAAGAAAUCGGCCGAUCAGACAUAUGCACAAUCCGAAAUACAACUCUCUCUUUUGAGAUACAACCAAGUGUUCCGAGACGACCCAUUUCGUCACUUCAUAUACUCCAUCUACGUCGCCGGCAGGACAUUGCGUCUCUAUCAAUUGAACAGAGGGCAGGUGCUGUGUUACGAAAGUGGGCUUAAUAUCGAGCAGAAUACGUUGGGUUUUCUGCGCUUCGUCAACUGGCUCAUGCUGGCCAGUGACGACGCCCAGGGCUUAGCAAAGGAACCUUCUGCAAUCGGUAGAAGAGCCAUCAGCUUCACUCCUGCCGGAUGUAAGAUACCAUCGCCACUCGUGCGUGUGGGUGUCGACAUGAUCACGACACGCGGCACUACGGUAUGGCCUGUUAAAAUGCAGAAACCGAAGCCAAAAAAGAAAAAAUCAAGAAAGUCACAGGCUAAAAAGAAUACAGAGAGCUCACCUACAGAAGGUGACGAUCUUGCAGCGCUGAAAAUGGCCUGGGUCUACGAGGCGCGCACGAGUGAAGCUGAUAUCCUUAGUGAACUUAGCGAUAUCGAGGAACUACCAAAGCUUUUUGAGUGGAAAGACGGACCUUUAACAACCGAGUUUGACGUCCUACCGGAAGCAAAACGUUCAAGACAAUAUCUCAAAAUGGGACCGAACUAUCGAUAUAUAGAGGUGACAUAUAGUACAUCCUCCGUCAUGACAAACCAAACCCAGAAUAAAGAUGCUAAGAAGGGCUUGUUUAUGCCGGAAGUGAAGGGAACCGCUACCAAGUUAGCCGAUAAGUCUUCGUAUACGAGAAGGCAGCGAUGGUACCUAGAAGAGUACUGCGGCGUUUCUGUGGAUACCACACCGCAUGGACUUUCACAACAUCAAUAUCCCAAUCCUCGAGAUGUUACUGAACUUGAGCGUAUAAAGGCUCUACGUUCUGCUGUACGUGCCAUUCGGAAAAUGUUUUGCAGGGAUCGGCCCAUUAUUCACCGAGAUAUUUCUCCAGCGAAUGUUAUGGUGACGUCGCCAGAUAUACUGAACGGGGAGGGCGCCCCUCCACCCGGACGGCUGAUUGACCUCGACAUGGCUUGCGUAUAUGGAGACCCCCAUUCCGGAGCUCCCUGGCGCACUGGCACUUACCUCUACAUGGCAAUCAACAUUUUGAUGGCGAAACACCCUAGGCACAACCCAUGGCAUGACAUCGAGAGUGUCUACUGGGUUCUGCUCUUUGGGGAACUGAAUCGGACUCCUGAAGGCGCGAAGGAACUAAAGCGCAUUGCUUCAGCUGGGGCAAUUCAGCUCACAGAAGCCGAAAAAGGCGUAGGAUUAGCGUCCAGAAAAAACCUUAUCGUGAGUACUACCUGGGAUACAUGGGUGGGCGAUGAACGAUUAAGUCUCUUUGGAAAGACAUCAUUCCCAGUUAUCCGGCUCAUGCAUCGACUAAGGGUCGAACUGUUUGGAUUCGACGAACGAAAGGAGCCAGAUCGUCUAGCAACCUUUAAAGAUGUCGCUGCUGCCGCGGCGAGUGAACUUAUAGUCAUCUCGACGAAAUACAACGCGCCCAGGUUUGCGGUCCCUAACGAGAAAAUUUGGGAGAAAGCUGAGAAGGAAGUUGAAGAAGUAGAAACAGGCAUCGAAGGGCUUAGUUUGGAAGAAAAGCCCGACAAGACUAAUCAAGGCAAAAGCAAUGAUUCGACUGACAAAGGAGGUGUCGGGAUGUCGGAGAAAGACCUAGCCAUCGAGAGGCUUAAGCAGGCAGUUACCAAGAUCACAGAGCGCAUUGAUGGGUGGUUUGCUGAGUGUAUUGAGGAUCUGGAAAAGUUGAGCAGCAAGAGUAGUCCAUGA